CACGAUUGAGUUGUCGUCUUUGCUCAUAACUUCCUUUUCACAAUGCCUCAGGACAUGCCCCCAGUUGGGGGCUACAAGCCUGUUCAAUAUAAGCGCAACCUCCCCGUUCGCGGCUUUAGACCGGUUUACUACUUGCUUGGAAUGCAUGCCAUUAUGGGAUAUGGAUUCUAUAAGCUGUGGCUUGGCCAACGAGAGAAGAACGAACUUGCUCGCGAGAAAACCUGGGCUCGAAUUCAUUUGAUUCCCCUUCUCCAGGCGGAAGAAGACCGCGAUCAAGUCCGACGAUACUUUGCCGAUCGGGCGAGAGAGAAGGAGUUGGUUGGGACAGAGAUCAAGGUUUACAACUCAGACCGAUUUGUGAGACCGACCUUCGCGUAUACCCCUGCUCAGCCCACCCAAUAGACCCAGAAGAAUUAAAAGCGUUGCACCGCUGGGGUGUUUCCUAUUUGGCAUUUUUAGUGCCUAUUAGAGGAUCGGGCUACUUGGAACAUCAGAAAAUGCCCUUUUGCCAGCUUUAGAGCUGGGUCUGCUCGAUUAACACAAUGUUUUCAAGGAAAUAGCUUAUGGGCAAAAUAGUGUGGAGAGUAUAGAUGGUCGAUCUGCAGUGUCCCCAUAUAUUUGUGUUUUAUAAGCGUUGGACAUGAUGUCCGCCAAUGAAGUGUAUAUCAGUUCAAAAUGCAUCAAGAUUCAUCCUACAUUCAAGAGCGUUCCUCGAUCCUACAAUACAGGAGUUCUUCACUCUUCAACGCAGAAAUAGGCAUUCGUAUGCACCGACAAAACGUUAUGCGUAAAGCGCCCGCACCUUAUCUUAGCAGAUAAAGACUGGGAGAGGAAAUGAGGUAUACAGGUUUCCAACACUGCGAAUACGAUGGGGCCAUAGAAAUGCAAAAAGUAUCGGGAUAUAUAGCUGCACUGAAAAAGGGAGCCCAUCAACCUCUCAGGACCCCCUCAAGAGAACAUAUCAGCCACUCCGGUCAAAUCAGGUCCAUUGUUGAUAUCCACUUUUCCGCCCUCCUGGCCUUCCAUUUCCGUCGUCAUAUACCUUGCCUGCAUGAUACUUCGCUCCUUUCUUCGACCAGCCCGGGCUCCGCCGAUCUUUCCUUGCUCACUGAUACUUACGCCCCUCAAACCUUCUAGGAAAUCCAAAACCACUGCUUUCUGGAUUCGUGUUGACGAGGAUUUCAUCAACGCCUCUUCAGCAGCUAUGGCUCUCGCUUCCGUAAUUCCAGGUAAGCUUAACAUGACAGAUCUUGGGGUAGGGCUCCGGGGCCCGUAGAGGAUCCAUAUAGAGGCAAUUAGUUGGGCGAGGUCCUUUUGCAUAUCGACAAAGUACGGUUCAUGCACGGAGGUUAUGCACGCUUUCAGCACCUGGGUGCUGAUGAAUUCGCGAAUACUCGCUGCAGUGGGGGUAUCAACGGUGGGUAAGAAGGAAGAUAGAAUAGAGCGGAGCACUCGGGUUAUUAUGCUACAGCUCCGAGUAUCGUGUAUGCGUAGAGCAUGGGUACAGAAAACGACUACCGGUUCGAGGAUUUGGGGCGUGGAGAGGAUGAAUGUUCUCAUUAGGUUGGCCGGGUUAACUUCUUCUGCUUGGGUUGGGCGAUUAUUGGAGUCUGGGUUUCCGGGGCCUUUU